GCUGUGUGUGUGUAACUAUGCCGUUGUGUGUUUAUGAAUGUUUGUGUGCGACUGUUUCAAGCGUGAGCUGUCUGAGGCCACAUCUAUGUUUGACGGAGUGGUGGAUCUGCAUUUUCUAUAGUUCUGCUACAAUCUAUCCAGGUCCCUUGUGUGUAUGUGCUCAAUUGUACCUGUGGGAUUGCAUAACAGUGUGUGGUUGUGUCAGCAUCUGUAUGUGUGGUAUGGAUUCUAUGCCAAGGGAACGGUGUGGCUAUAGCAUCGUGGAAUCAAAGUGGUUCCCGGUUGUGUUUUCGUGCCUGGGAAUUGUGUGUCUGUGCAUGGUUAAGCCAGGGACGGUGUGGUCUGUGUGAAUGACCCACCAGGAACUCGUGUCAUGAUUUCAUGAGCCUGAAACAUGUGUCUGUGUGACUGUGUCCAUGUCCCCACCCAGGGUCCCUGGGCACCACGGUGGAGGUCGUGGUGCAGCGCCUCUGAUCUCUCUACCAUGGGGACAGGAAAUCAAACAGCCGAAGGUAAACUGAGAGCAGGCAUGAUGUCUCUCAUCUUGGAGGUACCUGAACCCCCAGCCCCCAACAUCUGACCCGGCUUCGGAUGUGGGGGCGGGCUCUAAGGCCCAGCCCCAAACAGGCCGAGUGGUGGCGCUCCGACGACGCGCAGGACCUGGGCCCGGGUCCCCCCGGACCCUCAGGGCCACCCUUCCACCUGCAGCCAGAAUCAGAGAACGCGCCCGGGGAGGACGAGGACGACGAGAGGGACGCCGCCGCCUGGGACCUGGAUCUCUUCCUCACCAGCUUCUCGGAGCCGGAGGGCGCGGCCCGGACCUGCCCUCUGGCGCCGGGCGAGGGUCCGGUCGGGCAGUACCCGCCGCCGCCCGAGACUCUGGGCGCGUACGCGGGCGGCCCGGGGCUGCUGCCUGGGAUCCCGGGUCCCGAGGAGCACCAGGGCUGGGCGCGCCCGGUCCCCCCCAGAGUCCCGGCCCCCGACGCCUUCGGGGGCGCAUCCCUGGCCCCGGUACCCGAGCCCAAGGCGCUGCCGCUGCAGCCGGUGUACCCCGGGUCCGGGCCGGUCUCCUCCGGCAGCUACUUCCAGCGGACGGGUUUGUCAGUGCCCGCGGCGCCGGGAGCCCCCUACGGGCUGCUGUCGGGGUACCCCGCGCUGUACCCGGCGCCGCAGUACCAAGGGCACUUCCAGCUCUUCCGCGGGCUCCCGGCGCCCACGCCCGGCCCGUCCGCGCCCUCCUCCUUCCUGAAUUGUCUGGGUCCCGGGACGACGGGCGCGGGGAUCGGGGGGCCCGCAGGCGACCCAGGAGGGACCGUCGAGCACGCGUCUUCCAAGCGCUGCCGGCGCUCGUGGGCGCGCAAGAGGCAGGCGGCGCACACGUGCGCGCACCCGGGCUGCGGCAAGAGCUACACCAAGAGCUCCCACCUGAAGGCGCACCUGCGCACGCACACGGGGGAGAAGCCGUACGCCUGCUCGUGGGAAGGCUGCGGCUGGAGGUUCGCGCGCUCGGAUGAGCUGACCCGCCACUACCGGAAGCACACGGGCCAGCGCCCCUUCCGCUGCCAGCUCUGCCCGCGCGCCUUUUCGCGCUCCGACCACCUGGCCCUGCACAUGAAGCGCCACCUCUGAGCCCCGCCCUGGCACCUGCAGCCGCCCGAGGCCUGGGGGUGGAGCGACAGCGCAUCCACGCGGGGCGGCUUUCACACGGAUGGACCCUCGCCCGGGCUCGCGGCCUCCCAGAUCCGCCGACAGAUCCAGGAGUGACCCCUAGAUAGCUCUGGGGGGGGGGGCGCCUCAAACAGUCCCCACUUGUCCUCAGUCACGCGGAGCCUCAUAGGGACGCCCAGCGGUCAUGCAAACCCAGCGCGACGGUCCCCCAGAUAAAUGGACUCAGAUGGACAUUCAGACACCUCGGACAGACAGCCGGACUUUCAGGGAGCUGGAUCUACAGUCUAGCUCACAAGCGGGCCUGGGCGGAGGGAGGGGGUGGCCCAGGGCUCCCCUGCAUCUGCGUGUGGCGGCGGUGACCUCAGGCCACAGCCCCCCACCCGGGGCCUGGUGGCAGCUGGGAAUGGUUACGGCUCCUGUGCAAAUGCCCCUCCCGAUAAAGCUUCAACGAUGGCCUGACUCCUUGGGUUUUGGGGGCCGGAAGUUGGGAGGAGGCUGUACCUCCACAUUGGGGGGCUCCUACACAUCUUUCUCUCCUAAACUCCAGCAAUAACUCUUCACGUCUUAUGACCCCCCCUCCUCGGGUACUACAGGCCUUGCGACACCCCCAUUGGGCUACACCAUCCCCAUUCCCUGCCUUGAACCCCGGGAACAUUCACCGUCUCCCUCCUUUUAAGAGCGUCUCAGCCUUAAAACCUAGGAAACCGCUGUCCCACUGGCUCUUUGGCCCUCACCCUAGAGUGAUCCCUUGGCUAGCUCCGGGGAUCCGGCAGAGAAAAAGUACCGAAUAAAAAGGGAGAGGAUCGGGAACCCAAGGGUCCCUUAAAAGUGCACAAAGCACCAGGGUGGGGUCCAGGCUACACGACAGGAAAGGAAAAAAAAAAAUCCAAAUUUGCGCGGGACCCUGAAGCAGGGGCA